AUGGCCACUGUUACUACAGGCGACCUAAUUCUCGGCAAAACAGCGACUCUGGUCGCAGGCCAUGUCGCCGUCACCGACGAUGCCCGACUCGACUCGUGCUGCCUGCUCGCCAGUCGCCUGCCGCGCCGAAUUAUCCACGAAAGUGGGUUUACUCCUGAAGACCACAAGCAAUAUCGACCGGUGGUCUACAGCAAUACGAUACAGUCCUUGGUGGCCAUUCUCCGGGCGAUGCCAAACCUCGGAAUUAGUUAUGGUAACAACGAGCGAGAGAUUGACGGUAAAAUGGUCUUUGAUGUAAUUCAGAGGAUGGAAGACACGGAACCUUUCUCAGAAGAACUUUUAGCAGCGAUGAAACGAUUAUGGACUGAUUCUGGGGUUCAAGAGUGUUUCGGUCGUUCCAACGAGUACCAGCUCAACGAUUCCGCCAAAUAUUUCUUAGAUGAUCUAGAUCGGCUAGGAGCCAAAGACUAUCAACCCACUGAACAAGACAUCCUACGAACAAGAGUUAAAACUACGGGGAUAGUGGAAGUACAUUUUUCAUUUAAAAACCUUAAUUUUAAAUUAUUUGAUGUUGGUGGACAAAGAUCGGAGAGAAAGAAAUGGAUUCACUGUUUUGAAGACGUAACCGCGAUUAUUUUCUGUGUGGCUAUGAGUGAAUAUGACCAAGUGUUACACGAGGAUGAAACGACGAAUCGGAUGCAAGAAAGUUUAAAAUUAUUCGACUCUAUUUGUAAUAAUAAAUGGUUUACUGACACAUCCAUUAUUCUUUUCCUCAAUAAAAAAGAUUUAUUUGAAGAAAAAAUUAGGAAAUCGCCUUUGACGAUAUGUUUUCCUGAAUAUGCUGGUGCACAAGAAUAUGGUGAGGCUGCAGCAUAUAUACAAGCACAAUUUGAAGCGAAGAACAAAUCUACAACCAAAGAAAUAUACUGCCAUAUGACUUGUGCCACUGACACACAUAAUAUUCAGUUCGUAUUUGAUGCAGUCACCGACGUUAUCAUAGCUAAUAAUCUUCGCAACUGCGGCCUCUACUGAAAAACUUGUAAUUAUUAUUCCUUUCCUCACAAUAAAGACUUUAGUACAUGGUCGAGCCAAAAAAGAAACGAUAAGCUGAUGUAUUUCUUGAAAUAUUUUGAUUUUUCCAACUAUUUAAAAAUACAUAAUUUUUCAUAAUUUAUUUGUUGGAAAUAUCAAAAUGUGUUUUAAAAAAGGAACUGUACCAAAGUUGAGUGAGAUGUUGAAAUGUGUUCUUUUUGUUACAUAAAUUUAAUAAGUUAAAUAAUUAAAAUAGAUAUGUAAAAAUCAAUAAACAGUAGCUUUAUUGUGCUUGAUAAUACAGUACAUCUUAAAGGUAAUAAAAAUAUUGAAAUAUCAAAGUUCAAGCAGGUUAUUUUUUUUUACUAAAUAAUUGCACAAUAUUUGAUUAUAUCAGAUGCACAUUAUAUUACAGCCCAAAAUUCAACAUUGAAGAAAUAGAGAAUGCACAAAUUUUUUGAUAAUUUCCAUCAAAAUAAAUUUACUUCCAAUAUGGAAAUAAUGAUUUUAAGGGAAAUGAUUUAUUUAAUGUAAAUUUUUGUGUAUAAAAUUGUGCCAUUAGAGAGAUUGCAUUUAUUGACGUAUUAUUAGCUUUUUUGUAAGUUACUAUUUGUUUCAUUUAGAAUAUUUUUGUAAGUUUAAAUAAUGUUAUUUAUGUUUAUAUAAUUUUAACAAAACUAACUUUAUACUAUAAUAGAAUUUAGUUACCAAAUAUUUCUACCAAUAAGUAUCUAUGUGUUUGAAAGAGAACCAAAAUUACUUCUUUCAGCUCAAGUAGCUAUCAAGUAUAAACUAAUUUUAAGUAAAGAAUGAAAAUAUUUUAUUUAUAUGUACCUAAUUACAAUGCCUAUUUAUAUGUAAUUAUUUUUUUUACAUUGCUGUAUAAUAACAAAAUUCUGUGUUUUGUUGUUAUAAGGUAUGACAAAGAUAUUUACAAAUCAGGAAACUAAGGACCUUUAUAAUAGAUACAAAUAUAAUAAUUAAAAUAUACAUUUAAUGUGUACAUAUAAUUAUAUGGCGCUUUACAUUAAAAACAAGUAGCUUCAGUACCAUUUUGUAGUGUAGUUUAUGCAUUUAAUUUCAAAUCAUUGUAAUUAAAACAUGCAUUUUUAAUUGAUACAUUCCUAAAAUAUUUUGUAUCUGCCUCAUAUCUUUUAUUAUUUACAAAUACAAAAUGAGUAUCUAAGAAAGCAUAAAUUUGAUUUAGAGGUAACGAUCACUGGAAUACAAUCAUCCAUUAAAAAAAAAUUGUACUUGACGUAUUUUAUAUGAUAAAAA